GCAACCACAGGAGACAUAGGGCCCUUGAGUCAGAAGCUACACCUGAUUGACCAGGACUGCAGCAGACAAGGUGUCUCAGUGCCCUAGAGACCACAGCCUAUCUAGGGGCAUCAAGAGCAGGACUUGUAACUCUGAAGGCAACAAGAGAUGAAGAUGGGAGUGAGGAUCCCCUCCCCAAGACUACCCUGGAAGUGCCUGUGAGAGUAGAGCCGGGUGUCAGACACGUUCAGGUCCAAAGCAAAAAGUCCGGUCUGAGCAGCACAGCUGCUGGUGGGCCCCAGACUCCAGUGUUCCUUCAGCCUCUUCAUCUGGGACCAGCUUUCCCACCUGACUUCCUCCACAGGUCCAGCAGUCUGCCAUGACCCUACCAGUGCCACCCCCGCCUCGCCGGGUGCGGCUCAAGCCCUGGCUGGUGGCCCAAGUGAACAGCUGCCAGUACCCAGGCCUUCAGUGGGUCAAUGAGGAGCGUAAACUCUUUUAUAUCCCAUGGCGCCAUGCCACCAGGCACGGCCCCACCCAGGAUGAGGAUGACAACACCAUCUUCAAGGCCUGGGCCAAGGAGACGGGGAAGUACACAGAAGGCGUGGAUGAGGCAGAUCCUGCCAAAUGGAAGGCCAACCUUCGCUGUGCCCUCAACAAGAGCCGCGAAUUCCGCCUCCUUUAUGAUGGGCCUCGAGACAUGCCGCCCCAGCCGUACAAGAUCUACGAGGUCUGUGCCUCGUGCCCGACUCCCGCAGAGGCCCUGCCUGGUGAAGAAGAGGAGGAGGAUGAGGAGCUACAAAAGAUUUUGCCGUCUCUGAGGAUCACAGAACCCCCACAACCUGCCCCCUCCAUGGCCUCCUAUGCUUUGCCGAAGGAAGAACAGAAGUGGCCGUCUCCCAGUCUCCAGCCACCUUUUGAGCUGGGCCCAUCCCCUCCCGAGCCUCCCCUCCUGGCCCCUCCACCUGGCCCCCCUGCCAGUUUUGCCGAAGGCUUUACAGGCUUGGAGCCUGGGCCUCUGCCUGCCGACUUGCCUGCCCCUCCCGAGCAGCUGCUUCCUGAGCUACUUAUAAGUCCCCACAUGCUGCCAUUGACUGACCUGGAGAUCAAGUUCCAGUACCGAGGCCAGCCACCCUAUUCCCUCACCAUCAGCAACCCCCAGGGUUGCCGCCUCUUCUACAGCCAGCUGGAGGCUACCCAGGAACAAGUGGAACUCUUUGGCCCGGUGAGCCUCGAGCAGGUACGUUUUCCUGGUCCCGAGGGCAUCCCCAGUGAGAAGCAGCGCUUCUACACCCACCAGUUACUGGACGUGCUAGACCGAGGACUCAUCCUGCAGCUCCAGGGCCAGGAUCUCUAUGCCAUCCGUCUUUGCCAGUGCAAAGUGUUCUGGAGCGGACCCUGUGCCACACCCUCUGCCACACCAAGACCCAUCCAACGAGAGAAGACGACAAAGCUUUUCAGUCUUGAGCAGUUCCUCAAUGAGCUGAUCCUGUUUCAAAAGGGCCAGACCACGACUCCACCAGCCUUUGAGAUUUUCUUUUGCUUUGGGGAGGAGUGGCCUGAUAAAAAACCUAAGGAGAAGAAACUCAUUACUGUACAGGUGGUGCCUGUAGCAGCUCGGCUUCUCCUAGAGAUGUUCUCUGGGGAGCUCUCCUGGUCAGCUGACAGCAUCCGGCUGCAGAUCUCAAACCCAGACCUAAAGGACAGGAUGGUCCAGCAGUUCAAGGAGCUCCAUCACAUUUGGCAGCUACAGCAGCGACUGCCGCCUGCUCCCUCUGUGCCUCCUGGACAGGGCCUCCCUGCUGGCACAGGGCCCUGGCCCAUUCACCAAGUGGGCAUGCAUCAGUGAAGUGGCUACUCAAUCAUUACCCAUCCCUCACUAGCUUUUAUACAAGAACUGACUUCGGUGUGUGCUGAAGCCCCACCAGCUGCUUUUGGAGUCAGCAUGGGCCACGCCUAGUCUGCUGAAGAGGGCUUUGCGCUCAGAGUGUGUGUGUGUGUGGGGGGGGGGGGGGGAUGGGAAGCCCCUGGGUUCUCUCCACCAACAGGAGCUCAGAGGGAAGAGGAUGCUCAGAUCUGGGCUGCCACAGCCACGUUCAGAGGGGAUUUCUGGGACCUAGUAGGAAAAGGCAGUGCUUUCCACAUAGGAAGAAUGCUUUCUGUCCUCUCCACCUUCAAUGGAAGGAAAAAGUGCUGCCAGCCAGGCAAGCCCCCAAUAAGAGGACAGUAGCAGCUCCCAGGGGUUUGGAGAUCUCUCAUCUACAUCAUCAGCUGUUUAUUCCUAAAGGACACAUUUCCCAAAGGAGCCACAAUUUAAGGUGGUAGCUAUUCCCAUUUUUGUGGGCACAGCAGACGGCCACAGUAGCAAAUGGGAUUUUGCAAUGUAAUUUGUAAUUGCUGUGAGGGUGAAC